AUGGAGACUGAGAAGAGCAACGUGAUAUAUGAAGAGGAAUAUAUAGUGAAUUCACGUGGAGUAAAGCUUUUCACGUGCAGAUGGGCACCUGCAAAUGUGGAGCCAAAAGCUUUGGUUUUCUUAUGCCAUGGCUAUGCCAUGGAGUGCAGCAUCUCAAUGAGAGGUUGUGCGACGAGGCUGAUUAAGGCCGGGUACGAAGUUCAUGGCAUCGACUGCGAAGGCCACGGGAAGUCGUCCGGGCUGCAGGGACUCAUCACCGAUUUCGAUCAUCUUGUCGAUGAUUUAACCGAACAUUUCACUAAUAUUUCUGAAAAAAGAGAAAAUAGGAAAAAAUCGAGAAUUCUAAUGGGCGAGUCCAUGGGCGGAGCUAUGGUUUUAAGGCUUCAUAGGAAAAAGCCCGAAUAUUGGGAUGGUGCGGUGCUCAUUGCACCCAUGUGCAAGAUUGCUGAUAAUGUUAGGCCAAACCCAUUGGUGAUAAAGAUUUUGAUUGGUUUGGCUCAUGUUAUUCCUACCUGGAAACUUACUCCAACUCCAGACAUCAUUGACACUGCCUUUAGAGACCCACAAGUUGUAAAGGAGGUUAGAUCCAACCCAUAUACAUACAAAGGCCUGCCCCGUCUUCAAACAGCCCACCAAUUGUAUAAAGUCAGCACGGAUUUGGAAACAAAACUUGAUGAGGUAUCCUUGCCGUUCAUCGUCCUUCACGGAGAAGACGAUAAAGUGACCGACCCAUCUGUGAGCAAGGACUUGUACGAGUCGGCUCGUUCGUCGGACAAGAAUUUCAAGUUGUACCCGGGAAUGUGGCACUCUCUGUCCUACGGCGAGCUGCCGGAAAAUCUGGAUAAGGUAUUUUCUGACAUUGUUGGGUGGCUCGAUGGAAGGUUUUCCGACAGAGAAGCCCAGCUGGAGGAGCAGCAGAAGUUUGCUAAUGAUCAAAAAAUUGGAUCCAAGUGA